AUGCCGCCUCGCCUAGCUCAUCGAAAGUCCCGCGCUGGAUGCCGACGGUGUAAGGAGCGAAAGGUGAAAUGCAGCGAAGAACACCCUUCCUGUAGCGCCUGUCUGCGCCAUGGAGUUCCUUGUGACUAUGGGGAUGCUCCGGCUCCAGCGCCUGCGAGCAGAGCCUUGCAGGAGCCUACAACGGAUUAUUCGUCGUCCCAUGUAACGAGUCCAACUGCUUCUGAAGGCGCUGCAAGUCAGCCAGCCGAUCCAUCCCCUGCCUCAGUGGGUCGUCAGACACCGCUCAAUGGGCCAGAGACUCCAUAUUCGGACAUUGUUUCCAACUUCAUCAUAUCAGAGCCACGACGCCAUGCCCUGGAGCUGUUCCUGCUGCAUAGGUUCACGUCUACCGUCGCCACCACGUUUCCCUCCGCUCGGGAUGAGAGCCUGAAGGGCAUGUACAGUUGGCAAGCCCCGAAUCUAGCAUGUGAUAACCGAUUUUUGUUCGACGCCAUCUUUGCAAUUACCGCGCUGUAUAUUUGCAAAACCGUCCAACCGCAGAAAGUAGGGUAUACCGAGCGAGACGAGCUGCCGGAGUCCUUCCGCGGUUUGGACUUUGCGCAGCUCCACCGCAUCUACUUGAAUCAGGCGAUCCAGCAACAACGAGAAGCCGUCGCGACCAUCGGCCCCUCGAAUUCCGAUGCUGUCGGUCUCACAUCCAUCAUGCUCAGCAUCAUGUCGACAUGCCUGCUGCCGGAGUCCGAAGGCUCCAUUGAAGCCGGGUACAGGCUUCCAGUGCAGAUGCUGCGCAUGGCUGCAUCUGUGACAAUCGUGUUUCAUGUCGCCGCACCGCACGUCCGGCAAGAUUCCAUCAUGAUGACCUACUUCCAAAAGGGCAGGAAGCCAAGCUUCGUGAACAGCGAGGCCUUGUUCAGCCCUUCACACACCAAGCCCUUCCAACAAGUCCUGGAUUACCAGCAAGCAAAUAUCAACCCAUCCGGCCAUAUGGAUCUCCGAGAAUCCGACCCGUUGAGCAAAGAGACCUGCCGUCUCGCCCUGGCGUAUAUCGGGAGUAUCUAUACUGCGAUACAGGAGGGCGAGCCGCCUCACUAUCUAUGCCAGCGAGUCGUGACGUUCGGCCCUCUCUGUCCGAGUCAUUUCAUCGACCUGCUUGUGGAUAAGAGGCCGCGUGCCAUGUUGAUAUUUGCUCAUUACAUGGCGAUGGUAAAACAUGUUGCUGAUGAGUUCUGGUGGCUGCAGGGCCGUGCUGAACGAGAGAUCUACGGCAUCCAAAGUAUAUUGCCCGAGGAGUGGCAGUGGGGCCUGGCCUGGCCUUUGGCCGUCCUGGAAUCGCCCCUAAAGGCCAACCUUGACCCGGCGCCUUUCCAGAUUUCAUCGUAG